AUGGCAUACUUGAGUUUCAACGAGAGCUUCAACACGAACUUGAAGUUCACCACGGACGGGGGAGAUGACAGCGACGACAUGCUGAAGAAGGACUUGCCUUUGCGCUACACAUGGUCCAUUUGGGAGCAGAUCAUGCAGUCAAGCGACAAGUCAUCUGCCUAUUCGGAUGCCACUCACAAGGUCGCGAGCUUCUCGACGGUCCAGAGCUUCUGGAAGCUUUGGAACCACAUGCCCCAACCAAGCGAGCUUCUGGAGCAGAAGAGGAUGGUGCGGGAGCAGUCGGAUGGGCUUCACGUCAUCGAUGCCGUUAUGAUCUUCCGUGAGAACAUCCGUCCUGAGUGGGAGGACAAGAUGAACGCACAAGGAGGACAUUUUCAGUUUCAGCUGAAGCCUGGCAUUGGUGGUGGACAGGUGGAUGAGUAUUGGAACAACUUGGUGCUGGGCAUGAUCGGCGCAACCAUUGAGCCAGCCAACAUGAUCACUGGGCUCCGAUUGGCGUCUUGGCCUCCGAACCGUGAAUCAUUCGCCCGCCCCGCUAAAAGGCGACUUUCGCGUGUUCCUCGCGCAACAAUCUGCUAUGUGGGAAGAAGGUGUGGCAGGGAGAGACGCCGGGGCAGCAGUAGAUCCUUGAAGAAGCCGGCAAAACGCCAUCCCUUACUAGACCUAAGUACAACCAUGAGGAGAAAAUAUCUGAUAACAGACAUCCCCAGCAAAUCCUUAAACAUGGUGGGCAUCACGGAUCAUGAGACGAGAAGCGGCCGACAACAACGUAAUUCAUGGCAACCUUGA